GGAAGAUCGAAACGCAGUGUCGCGACGCACGUGGACAGCCGUGAUUCACGCUCGUUCUGCGAUCCAGCGAGCCCAAGGCAGAGCACACGGUGUACAACCCGCGCUCUAGGAAGUGUCGGUUUCCUUCGAGCUGGACCGCUAACAGGCGUGUCUGCUAAGCCUGCGACGGACCUCUGAUUUUCGGUCGAACGCCCUCGGCGCGUGGCGCUGCAGCGAAUGCAGCCCUUGCCGCGAGUGAUUCCUUCGAGCCGAGGGAAAAGGGCUUGCGAAGAACCGUGGACGAGAGGCAGCAGGGAUUAACACGUCGUGCAUGGGGCCCUUGGGGCUAACACGCUCUCCCAGGCGCUCGGCGGCGAGUGCGUGGCGGUGCAGUUGCGGGCGGCGGCGGCGACGGCGAAGGCGUGCGCUGAGCGAUGGCGGCGCAGAGCACGCUGCGCCUGGCGGUGCUGCGCGACCGCCGCUGCUGGGACGUCGUGCACAGCUUCACGGGUAGCUGCGCCCGCUUCUACCUCGCCGCCCUGCGCCGCUCCGCCGUCAACACGGCCGGCCUCUUCGCGCCGCUCUACUGCCUGCUGGAAAGAAUUUUGUUGGUGGGGGAACGAGAGACGGGGCUUCUCUUGACUCCCGCGCGGCUGACUUACCUCUUCAUGGCAAGCAGUGGAGCGCUGUUGUAUUUCCUACGCCAGACUGACUUCCGCAAUCUGCUGCAAAGUGUCGAUACUCCUUGGUUCUUCUAUCCGCCAUCGAUGGAGCAAGGAAGCAAAGAACGAGGCGACAAUGCGUCUCAACGCUUGCACAAAGAGGUUAAGGCGACGGGACGCUUGCUGGCGGCGGGCUUCGCGCUGCAGAUGCUGCGGGUGACGUUGAAGAACGUGCGCAGGCCGGCUGCCAUCGCCGGCUUCCUCCGGCGCUUCGACACCUACCGCCUCAGCCUCUUCCUCGGCGGAUACUCCCUUCUGUACAAGGCGUGCACCUGGAUGCUGGAGCGCGCGCGCGGGCGCGACGCCGCCUGGCACGCGGUGCCGGCGGGGCUUCUGGCGGGCGCCGCUCUGCGCCUCUACCCGCAGCGCACCCUCGCCCUCCUGGCGACCACCACCCUCAUGCAGAUAUUAUUAAAGCGGUUUUGCAAGAAGAAAGGCGUUAAAAAUAUACAAGUUUGGAAAUAUAUAUUUGUUAGUCUUUCGGCUGGCUACCUCGUCCACUCUUAUUACGCUGAUCCAGACCACUGUCCUAUAUGGUUUAAUGGAACUGUGGCUACUGUAACAGGGGGCAUAGCCCCGGAAUUACGCCAGGAAUUGUUGAAGAUUUGGCACCCAUUCCGUUUCCCUGCUGUAGUGGGAGGACUGUGAAAGUAUUCAAAAUGCGCACCAGAAGAAUGUAGCGUCUGCAUGGCCAUUUGAGAGUACGUAUACAGAUUUUUGAGAACCCAAAACGUUUUGAUAACAGAAAAUGAAAAUGAAACCUUCGAAAACGUGAAAGCGUUUCAUUUCGGAUACCAUUUUCAUUUUUACGUAAGUUCCGAUGUACGUCAGCAAUUGUGAUAUUUUUGACAUCGCUUUGAGAGAUUUUUAUUUUAACAAUGGAAAACUGAACCAUCUUUGAUACAUGUAUUUGCAGUUAAAAGAAUGGGAAAAAAUAUAUAUUCCUAAAAAAAGUUAACGAUAUGGAAGUUGAUGCUUGCAAUUUUUUCAUAAUUUGCAGUUGUUGAAAUAGAAAUGUGCGAGAGAUUGUUAUCUUUAGAAUUUGCAAACACCAGCGACUAGGCUGUGUAUUUUAUUUUUAUUAAAUGAGGUAGCGUUUUAUUCCAUAAGGUAGUAGAAUUUUAAGAUUAAGUCCAAAAAUUAGCCACAAAUAACCUGUAACUAUUUCAUAGUUAUUUAUGAGCUUAUUUUUAUACUUUGUGUACAGCUUCGUGUGUCUUGCCAUUUUCCAAGAUAUAGCGUUUCAUAUUUAAUAGAAGUGAAAAAUAAUUUGAAGUGCAUUGUCCCAGAACAGUUUGACACCUGUACUAUAUAAUACUUUCAUGUUGUGAAGGCACAAUUUGUCUUAUGGAGAAUCCGUGCCUUGUUGCCAACACGACAAGUUUGUUUGCCCGUUCGCUCCGCUAUCGUAAAAAACACGGCUACCUUAUUAUAGAUAUGCUGAAAAAUGGUUUAUUCCCUCACUUAUUAUCAUUAUUAUUUAUUAAAGUAGCGGUAAUAUUUGUAUUAGCAUAAAUAUCUAAUACACUUGGAUCCUUUACAUGUAUUCUCUUGUAAAACGAAAAACAAAUAUCGUAAAUUGCUGAUUGCGCCGUCAAAUAUUAAUUAAUCUACGUAAUAAACAAAACAUCAUGACCAAUAUUUAUCCAACUUUCAUCUUAGAGCAUUAUGUUCCUUUUCUCGUUUCUAAACUGUAGCAUUUCUCGUAGAUAUGAAUAUCGGCACAAUAUUAUAUCAUUUCUUUCUAUCAUUGUCUUUUUUUCUGGCUUUUCAAAUUCAAAUCCCAUUUCUAUCAAUAAGCGAUAAAAUGUAGAAUUUGAAAUUUGGUGAAUGUUUAUCAUUCACAUCUUUAAUUACACACGAUUGUUGAAGGAACAUGUUAAAAUAGAAACCCAUUGACUUCAUUCGCGCGUUUGACUCCAUUUUGGCAUAUUUUCCUUUUAAGUUCUCAAAUACAUUUAAACUUUUUUACCCCUUUUAAUUAUUUUACUUUUUCCUCCACGAUCCAUUUGUAUUUCUUAAAAUUGACACACUACACAAUUGGCCAAAUUGCGUGCUGACUUUUCUUUACCUCUGCACAUCCACCAUCUUCAUUCCCCUGCCAAAAUCGACUGACCAGAAUAGCCAACGAGAUGAAAUACCGGAAAGGGCUUCUUGUGAUCAUUCAAGUAUUGAUUUGGGUGAUCCCUUCGGCUGAUGACAUCACUUAAACACUCACUUUCUUUGAGCCCUGCAGGUCGCACAUCCUGCCUAUGUGCCUCGUAUUUCGGCCGCGUCUCCCGUCUAGCCUCAGGUCGCGCGCUGCGCGUCUUCAAAACACCAAAUACACAGAAGUAGUGCAUCCAAAGACCUUCGGGUCGUGAUAGAACGUAACUUCAUGAUUUUCCCACAAACAUUGUCGCUCGCAUACAUUCUAAUGCGCUAAUUCUAAUAAUUCAAAUUAAACAUCCUCACGUUUUCGUUGACAAUUCAUUUUUUUAAAGGGUCAUAUUUUGAUAUAUUGAUAAAAUGAAAUUCUCCCAGCUGAUGUAUCUGAAAUAUUGUAUAGUUUUUCCAAAAUAAUUCCACCAGUUUUGGAUAUGUUUUAACGAUUAGAAUAAAAAAAAUGUUUACAAAGUCAGUUCCGCAGAAAUAUAUUUUCAUUAUUUUAUUUAAAAAGCAAAUGAUGGAUCCAUUUUUUAUGAUUACCAUCGGGUUCCUCGUCAUUUUCUCUUCAAGACUAUUUUUUUACUUACUUUUGCAACAAUCGAUUUGGCAACAGUGCACGAGAUUCUUCCGUAAGAAUAACAUCGUAUGUUGUGCCUUCAGGACGUGAAAAUGAGUUAUAGAUUCAAAUGUUUCUGGUAAUUUUCAUUGUUAUACAAUAUUUAUUUGAAGUGAGACUGAAGUCGUUUAGUAUUAACAACAAAGGGACCAGUAACGUACUGAAAAUUUAGUUAUUUGCCUUGUAAUGUUAUUUGUGUCCCUGAUUAUAAAUUAGCUCUUGUAAAAAACAGACGUUACCAGAUACAUCCAAUAAAUGAUGAAAAAGAGAUUAUUUUAUGUUCUUAUACUUACCUUAAACCAAUUACAUAAUUAUAUUU